AGGCCCGGUCCAAACCCUGCCCACCAUAUGAGUACAGAUCUCUCUUCUCCAGUUGCUUCAUCUCCGGCUCAGGACCUGAAAUCUGAAGCAAACACAGAGAUCUCUCUCGAUUAAUUGCGAGAGCUUUUAGAAGAAUUACUAGGCUUAAACACAUCUCCAUUUUAUAUUAGUAGAGAUUUGUAACACUGUUAUGGCUCUCAAUCUCCGCCAAAAACAAACAGAAUGUAUAAUACGGAUGCUAAACCUGAAUCAACCAGUAAACGCUACAGGUACUGCUAAUGAGGAGGUAUACAAGAUCUUGAUUUAUGAUAAAUUUUGUCAAAAUAUAUUAUCUCCAUUGAUUCAUGUUAAAGAUCUUCGAAAACACGGAGUUACUCUUUAUUUCCUUAUUGAUAAAGAUAGAAAGCCUGUUCAUGAUGUUCCUGCCGUUUAUUUUGUGCAACCCAAUCAAAAAAACAUUCAACGAAUUGUUUCUGAUGCUUCGAAAUCAGUUUAUGAUAGUUUUCACUUGAAUUUUUCGAGCUCUAUUCCGCGUCCUCUUCUUGAGGAUCUUGCAUCAGGGACGUUGAAUUCGGAAUCUAUUGAUAGGAUAUCCAAGGUUCACGAUCAAUAUUUAGAGUUUGUUACUUUGGAGGAUAAUUUGUUUUCAUUGGCUCAGAAGUCUAGUUAUGUUCAGUUGAAUGAUCCAUCUGCUGGGGAUAGGGAAAUUGAAGAGAUCAUUGAGAGUAUUGUUAGUGGUUUGUUUUGUGUGUUGGCUACGCUUGGUGUUAUUCCUGUUAUCAGGUGCCCUCGUGGUGGACCAGCUGAGAUGGUUGCAUCAGCGUUGGAUCAAAAGUUGAGGGAUCAUUUGUUGUCGAAGAAUAAUUUGUUUUCAGAAGGUGGGGGUUUUAUGAGUUCUUUUCAGAGGCCGAUUUUAUGUAUUUUUGAUAGGAACUUUGAAUUGGCCAUCGGGAUACAGCAUGAUUUUAGGUAUCGUCCUCUUGUUCAUGAUGUUCUUGGUUUGAAGUUGAAUAGGUUGAGUGUGCAAGGUGAAAAGGGUGGGAAGAAAUCAUUUGAGUUGGAUAGUUCAGAUCCAUUCUGGUCUGCUAAUGGGUCUCUUGAGUUUCCUGAAGUUGCUGUGGAAAUUGAGACACAGUUGAAUAAGUAUAAGAAGGAUGUUGAUGAGGUGAAUAGGAGGACUGGUGGAACUGAUGGGGCAGAAUUUGAUGGAACGGACUUGAUUGGCAAUACGAGACAUUUGAUGAAUGCAGUGAAUUCCCUGCCUGAGUUGACAGAGAGAAAGCAGGUGAUUGAUAAGCACACAAACAUUGCAACUGUGUUACUGGGUGAGAUUAAGGAGAGAGCUCUUGAUAACUAUGCCAAAAAGGAGAAUGACAUGAUGGUCAGAGGAGGGAUUGACCGAAAUGAACUUUUGGGAGUGCUUAGAGGAAAAGGGUCCAAGAUGGAUAAGCUGAGAUUUGCAAUCAUUUACCUUAUCUCAACUGAUAGCAUUAACCAAUCAGAAGUUGAAGCGGUGGAAACCGCUCUUAGGGAGUCUGAAGUUGAUACUUGUGCAUUCCAGUAUGUGAAGAAAAUCAAGUCCCUAAAUGUUUCUUUGGCAUCAGCAAAUUCUGCCAGCAGAAGUAAUAUUGUUGAUUGGGCUGAAAAGCUUUAUGGGCAGUCAAUCAGUGCUGUGACUGCUGGUGUGAAAAAUUUACUAUCUAGUGACAGGCAGCUGGCAUUAACAAGGACUGUUGAAGCUUUGGUUGAGGGAAAACCUAAUCCUGAAAUCGAUUCCUAUCUUGUUUUUGAUCCCCGUGCUCCCAAGUCAGGGGCUGGUAGCAGCCAUCUCAAAGGGCCAUUUAAAGAAGCUAUUGUGUUCAUGAUUGGUGGUGGUAAUUAUGUGGAAUAUGGCAGUUUGCAAGAGCUUGUACAGCGACAGCAAUCUGUCAAGCAUGUUAUAUAUGGUACAACAGAAAUUCUCACUGGAGUGGAGUUUGUUGAGCAGCUCACAUUGUUGGGGCAGAAGAUGGGACUGGGUAGUACAGCUGCUCCUGCUUCAACUCAGUAGUACAGAUAUUUUUGUAUAUGCUCUUUAAAGCAGGUUGUUCAUUAGUUCAUGCAUCAAGGAGGAGGCCCAACCAGAAUUGUGAUACUAUUUGAUUUACAUAGAAUAUAAAUCGACACUGAUUAGCUUGAAGUGAUGAGCGAAAGUUGUAUAUGUGCUUACUUCUUAAGCUUAAUGCCUAUAUGGAGGUUUGCAAACAAGACUCUUCUUUAUAAUCACAGAGAUGUGUCCUUCAUGUUCAUCUUAUUAAGGAGGUUUCGCCAUCAGAAAGCUUUUUUCCUAAUUCUUGUUGAUGUUUAGCUUAUUGUAGUUAGAACUUUUGUUCUACUAUAUCAUGGGAAGCUGUCUGUAUUUUCAUUCACUUAUUACUUCAUGAGUUUUUCUUGA